UAACACAAAAGAAGGUUCUAGUCAUUGUCGUACACUCUUUGUUCGUGAACUUUGAAACAGUUGUGUUGUGGAGGGAGGAAGGUACUACUUCUACUAUCAUAUCAUCCACUAAAAUCUACACCUCACUUCUUUAUUCUAUCUAAUACUAUUUCACUAUUCAUCCUAACUCUUUUCCUUAAAAGCUCACUUUUCAAUCUCCCAUCGAUUUUUCUCUUUCUCUUGUUCAUCUCAAUGUUUGUUUGGCCCUCAGAUAAUGCUACAAUCUUCAACAAAGGGUGAAGAUAUCGUCAAGUCUACUUUCCCUAACUGCGAUCUUAUCGUACCAUUUACAACGACAAAGCCAUUGAAACAAUCAUCAGUUUAAGAAACUCGAAAGCUAGAUCGUAUUUUUGUAAGAGAUAUUCUAUUUAUUCAUUCAUUGAGGAGGUAAAUCUUGAAGAGUCAGUGUAGUUAUUUUCAUUUCAGUGCUUGAUUUUGAUAGCAUAUAUGGCUGUUCUUACACCUGUAAGUUCAAAAUCCGGAGCAAAGUAUCAGUCUCUAGCUCCUUUUAAAAUUGUCCGGGGUUUAGUAUGUCUACUGGUGUUGGUUUCAUCAGCAUUUGUCACAUUGGUGUUCUUUGGCUUUAUAACUUCUGUUAUAGUGAGGUUUUUUAGCAUCGGCUACAGCAGGAGGACGACAUCGUUUUUCUUUGGUGCUUGGCUAACUUUGUGGCCUUUUCUAUUUGAGAAAAUUAACAAGACUAAAGUUGUGUUCUCCGGAGAUAUUGUUCCUUCGAGAGAACGGAUCUUACUGAUUGCAAAUCACAGAACUGAAGUCGAUUGGAUGUACUUAUGGGACCUUGCCUUGCGGAAGGGAUGCAUUGGAUACAUUAAAUAUGUACUUAAGAGCAGCUUGAUGAAACUUCCGAUUUUUGGUUGGGCAUUUCAUAUAUUGGAGUUCAUCCCGGUAGAAAGGAAGUGGGAAGCUGAUGAGUCAAUGAUGCGUCAAAUGCUUUCGACAUUCAAGGAUCCGCAAGAUCCCCUCUGGCUUGCUAUUUUCCCCGAGGGCACUGAUUUUACUGAACAGAAGUGCCGUCGAAGUAAAAAAUAUGCUGCCGAACAAGGGUUACCGAUUAUGGAAAACGUUUUACUGCCAAAAACCAAAGGCUUUUGUACCUGUUUGCAAGAGUUGAGGGGCUCUCUAGUUGCAGUUUACGAUGUUACCAUUGGCUACAAAUACCGCUGUCCUUCUUUCUUGGACAAUGUCUUUGGGGUGGAUCCUUCUGAAGUUCAUAUCCAUAUCUGCCGCUUUCCCAUCGACCGUAUCCCAACAUCCGAAGACGAAAUGUCCACGUGGCUGAUGGACAGAUUCCAGUUUAAGGACAAGUUGCUUUACAAUUUUCAGUUUCAAGGUAAGUUUCCUGAUCAAGCGAAAGAGAGAGACCUCCCUGCUGCAAAGACGAUUUUGAAUUGUAUGAUGGUUAUUCUAUGGACUGGCUUAUGCAUGUACUACAUUUUUGCCUCUGUCUGGUUUAAACUUUACGUGUCUGUAGUAUGUGCUUAUUUGGUUCCGGCUACAUAUUUCCACAUUCGGCCGCAACCUAUUCUUGGUCAUUUUAAGAUGUGAUAUAGUUAUUGCUAAAUCUCAUUUACUUGAAUAUAUUGCAAGUUCGAGAUUCAUGUCUGUUUGUAGUUGUAAUAUUAACAUUGUAAGAUUGGUUUCAGAGAUUAUUUAUUCAGCUAUGUUGAUGAAA